CACUAAUGUAUACUGAUGUGGGAAGAAUCGCAUUUGACGCAAACGGAAACGGAAUUAACAACGUCAUCAUUAGUCAGAUAAUUUUAGGAGACGAUGAUAUACCGAUCGUACAGGAACUAGCCGAGUUUGAUCCGCAGGACUUCAAGUAUACAACCUUAAACCCUUUCAAGUUAAACAACUUGACCCUGUCUGCCAAUGGCAGGAUCAGAUCACACUGUAGUAACCCGUGUGCUAAGGGAUUAUAUAAAGGUCCGACAAUUGUGGCCUGUUGUUGGACUUGCAGUGCGUGCACUAGACAAGAGAUUGUCCACCCCAGCAACGAUAAAUGUGUUGUCUGCCCGCCAUUCACUGCUCCUGCUCAGAAUCAAACAAUAUGCGAAUCGAUUCCACCAGACGACUACGAGCAUAUGUUUUUCUUCUUCAUAAUCUACAACAUAUUGGCCCUCGCCGCCAUAGUCUCGCUACUAUUUAUAGCCGUGAUGCUGUUCCAGAACAGAAAUCACGAUAUAGUACGUGACACCGGCAUAGUGUACUGCUACAUGCUUAUAGCUUCAACCAUCGCAGGUUUCCUGACCGUGCCGAUGUCCAACAACCUUGAACCCACCGAGUUCAGCUGCACCGCAACCUUCUUUACCUUCUGUAUCAGCAUAGUACUAGUCAACGGCUCACUGUUUGUUAAGGUCGUGAGUUGUCACUUGCUCAAUUAUGAGAAGAUAUCUUUGACCUCCAGAAGGCUGGUCUAUGAAGUUGGAUUCUCCCUUCUACUCGCCCUUCUCCAGGUGUAUGUCUGUUUUGAAAUUACAUUAGUCUACCAACCAAAACCAAAGCUUUAUCAAGUUUUUAAAAGGGAGCACUACGUUGAGUUUUCCUGUGACUGGUCGGAUAUUGGCUUCUAUUUCUUCUUUUCGUACAACGGUUCCAUGCUACUAACGGCCUUCAUAAUGGCCUUCAUAAACCGGAAGUUCACGUUUAACAACAGGGAGGUGCGCUACAUCGGAAUUGUCGUCUACGCGAACAUCAUCACUUGGAUCAGCUUCACAAUUUCUUUCUUCUCUACAAAUAACAAAAUGAUCCAGAAGCGCAUGUCCAUCCUAUCAGCUGUGCUGGCCAACAAUGUACUGGUCAUCGUGCUUUACUUCGUCCCGAAGCUCGUGCACAUCCAGAAAACGCCAAAGGAGGUGGUGCCCAGCCCAGUUGUGGCGCCAGACACGACCUUGAACUCCCAACCCGACGUCUGCACAUCCAACCUGCCGCCCGAGCAGAAGGCCGAGUCAACAGCUCCAGACAUUCGACGCGACACAAUAGUCAAAGAACUUUUGGAGACGCCUGAAGUUGCUCCCAACGCCACCGCUGUAGAGCCAGAGCCGCAGGUCGAGGAGCCGUCGUCUACUACAUUGUUCUGACCUGGUGCCAACUCUGGUGUAGGAACCGACGCAGCCGAUGUCAUUCAUAUUGUGUCUUAUGUUUUCUACGGAAUCGGUAACAAAACUCUUUGCC